UCGAACUGUCUAAUUGUACAAUGGCAGCCAAAACCAUCUUUGUUAUGUGCGCACACGCACUUUUGCUCCAGUCUGUGUUAGGUCAAAUAAACUACGGUGGAGUUAACAGUAAUGUAGUGACCGAAAGCACAGUGGCAGUCAGCAGCAGUACUGCCGCUGGUGUAGGCAACGCUGGAGCUGGUCUGGCUGGUAUUGGAUGGAACAACGCAGCCCCACUCGGCUCUGGAUUGGCCGGUAUUGGAUUGAAUAAUGCUGAAUUACUGGGCUCUGGACUGGCCGGCAUUGGAUUGAACAACGCUGGAUUACUCAACUCUGGUGUUGCUUUGGGAAACGCUGCCUUGAUUGGCAACACUGUAGCCCCAGUUAUUGGCCCCGAUUACCUUUCUCCAGCUUCGUUCUCUACCGGUGGCACCUUCCCGAUUACCAGCUUCUCUUCGAUCGUUCCAAAUGGUAUCACCGUCGUAUCUGAAAACACUAUUGAAGGACCUAUAGCAGUAUUUGGUCAAUUGCCCUUCUUGAGCGCUGUGGCUUUCGAAGGAACGUUGCCAUCUGAAGGUGCAUCAACGGCUGCCUGCGGUUGCGGCAGCGCUGGUAAUAUUGGCAUCAUUAGUGAGAGCUAUACACCUGCCACUGGACCUGCUGUCGUCGCUCCGGCUGCUACUGGACUUGGCGUGGGAGCUGGCCUCAUUCCAGGAGCUGGACUUCGUGCAGAAACUGGACUCGGAUUAGGAGUCGGACGUGGAUUAGGCGUGGGUGCUGGUCGCAUCCUUUAAAUGACCAAUAAAUUAAGAACUGAUGAAUAAAUUUUAAUUAAGUUAUUAA